GCUGUAUUGAUCAGCCCAUCCUAGUCCCAGGAGAGAAGAUUAAAGCUUCAGAAAAGACCUCACGGAAAUGUUUUCUACUGCAGCAGUUGUGAUGGAACUGAUGUGGAUGCUUUUGACUUUGGCUGCAUGCACAUCAGCUGAGCCUGAGCAGUACAGCAGAGCAGUGGAUUGGUUGAGCAGGUAUGGAUAUCUUCCUCCGCCUGACCCACGCACGAGUAAGCUGCAGACCAAAGAGGGCAUUGAGAAAGCCAUUCGAGUCAUGCAGAGAUUUGGUGGCGUGCAGGAAACCGGCGUGCUCGAUGAUGAAACACUGAAGCUCAUGUCAACGCCGCGAUGUUCCCUGCCUGAUAUUGUUGGAAGUGAGGACAUGUUGAAGAAGAGGAAGAGGAGGAAAAGAUAUGCACUGUCGGGACUUAAGUGGGACAAAAGCGAUCUCACAUGGAGCAUUCACAGCUACCCUUCACCUACCCGCUCCCGGUUGGACCCCGCCACGGUGGAAAGCAUCCUGACACAUGCCUUCAAUGCCUGGAGUGAUGCGACUCCUUUGACUUUCAGCAAGCUACUGAAUAGCGGCGCAUCGGGUGGCGACAUCAGAGUCUCGUUCAACACUUUGCUACAUGAUGACGGGUAUCCCUUUGAUGGGCAGGGGGGAACCCUAGCCCACGCCUUCUUCCCUGGCAGGGACGACCUGGCGGGUGACACACACUUUGACGACCAUGAGAUGUGGAGUUAUGGAGGGGACAGCGGCCGCAGCACUGACUUGUUCACAGUUGCAGUGCAUGAGUUUGGCCACGCACUGGGCCUAUCACAUUCCUCCUCAGACCCCUCCAUUAUGAGGCCGUAUUACCAGGGUCCCGUGGGAGACAUCCCCAACUACAAACUGGCUGUGGACGACAGACUGGCCAUUCAGCAGCUUUAUGGCACCAAGGAUGAUGACAAACAAGGUGGUGUUGAUCCCAACCUUCCUCGUUUGCCCAGUACUCCUCCAACCAGACGGAGAAGGCCGUCUGACCCUUCUGUCCAUGACCGCUGUCAGGGGGGAUUUGAUGCCGUGGCCAACAUUAGAGGGGAGGUGUUCUUCUUCAAAGGUGCUAAUUUCUGGAGGACCACGCGAGAUGGAUCACUGGUGUCGCUCAACCCAGCUCAGAUAAAAAAUUUCUGGAUUGGCCUUCCUCCAGGGACGAAUAAGAUUGACGCUGUAUACGAGCGGAAGAGUGACAACAGCAUCAUUUUCUUUAUUGGAUCCCAGUACUGGGUCUUCAAGGACACAGUGGCCAUGAGCGGGUAUCCUCGCCCGCUCUCUGAAUGGGGAAUGAAACGGAAGAGCGGAGUUGUAGUGGACAGGGUGGACGCCGCCUUCAUUUGGGCUCAUAACGGAAAGACCUACCUCUUCAGCCAAGGCGAGUUUUGGCGGUUCGACGAGAGCCGCAAAGGCCAGCAGAUGACCAGGCAGCCGGAGUCAGGUUACCCUCGUGACAACAGCCUCUGGACCGGAGUUCCGUCCCACAUGGAUGACAUCAUUAGCUGGGGCGAAGGUGAUGCCUACUUCUUCAAAGACAACAAUUAUUGGGUGCUCUCAAGCGGCGGAUUGGACCAAGACGUCGUGGAACCAAAAUCCAUCGCUAUGGACUGGCUCCGUUGUCCCGCCCCUCCUCCAACCAUCGUUCCAGGUAGUCCCCACGACCCACACAGAUGCCGCUGUGACCUCAAAGGCUCGUCUUCAUCUCUGACGAGUAACUGGCUCCUGCUGUCUGUUUUACUAGUUGUUAAGGUAAUUAUUAACAAAACAGAAAGUUGAAUUUUGCAGCUGUUUGUGUUAGACUUUCCUGAAUCAGCAAAAUGUCAACUAUUUUAUUUAUCUUAAUGAGCUACAGAACAAGUAGUGAAAGAAUAUAAAUUCAGAUAAUUAAACCUGGAAGUGAAUGAUCAUAUUGCAGUACUAUUGAUGGCGAUAGAUAUCCAAAUCUAUUUGAACUAGGAGUGUCUGACAGCGAAUGAUUGCUGCCAGGCAAAGAAUGAGUUAAUAUUUCUUGUCUCAACUGUAUAUAACAAUGUCAUUUUAAAUCAUACUUUCCCCCUACUUUUAAAAACAAACACAAUGUCUGAAAAUAUUUUGUAUAUGCCAUAGUUGGAAUGAGAGUGACAAUCAAAACCAAGCAACAAUGGCGCGAUUGUUAAUUGUUAUUAUUCUUGGAAGUCAUUCUGUUAUGUUACAUGGAUCAUGAAUGCAGUCAUUAAAAAGAAA